UACUCUUCUCCUUCUUUUCCCUCUUCAACUCAAACUCAACUGCCUUUGUCCCCCCCCGCAUUCACCCCUCUUGACGCUCAACGCACAACGGCUCGUCGACUUUUCCGAGGCCCUAGAGCUUGACAGCCCUCUUUUGUUUGUGCCAGUGCGACGAGCGGUCUGAGAACAAAGUCGAUUCGAUACUCUGCUUGACCCUUUUCUCGAGUGAUCAUGAACCCUCACCAGAAGAACAAGGUCGACAUCAAUUCGCUCUCGCCGGAUGAGCAGCGUCUCUUCCGCCUCUACGGCAAGCUGCCGUCCCGGUCCGACCACUUCGCCAAGCACCUCAAGGACCGCAAAUACUUCGACUCGGGCGACUAUGCCAUGUCCAAGGCCGGCAAGGGCGACGGCGUCGACGCUGGCGCCGUAGGCUCGCAGCACCCCGUCCCCGAAAACAUCCCGCACCUGACAUCUCCCACCAACGGCGGCCCCAACACCCCCGGACACACUCACCGCGGGUCAAUCCCAGGCAUCCAGGCCGGCAGUCCCAUCAAGGAGGGCAGCUUCUUGAACAGAGAGACGUCAGCUGAGGGCGAGGUGACGCUGAGUGGCGAAGAGAAGAAGGACCAGCCAACCGAGGGCCUCGAGGCUAAGCCCGUCGUCACUGGACUGUCUGGAGCGCCCAUCGCUGCUGGAGAGGCCAUGCCUCUUCGGCAAUAGCCUCUCAUGCAUGACCAGACUCGAUAUAUACCCGCCAAUGUAACGGGGCUACAUGUAGUAUGGAGGCAAUAAGAUGCCAAAGGAAUG